ACAGAUGUUGUCUUUUUCAGAAUUAAUUUAACCAGAAAAUGAAGGGACAUAUGUUUAAUAUUGACAAUGGUUAUCUUGAAGGACUCUGUCGUGGGUUCAAGAACGGGAUCCUAAGACAGGCUGAUUAUUUGAACCUGGUUCAGUGUGAGACUCUGGAGGAUCUUAAGCUUCAUCUUCAGUCAACAGAUUACGGAAACUUCCUGGCUAAUGAGAGCUCACUUCAAGUGUCCGUCAUUGACGAGAAACUCAGAGAGAAGUUUGUGACAGAGUUUCAGCACAUGAGAAACCAGGCUUCAGGCCCGCUGGCCACCUUCCUGGACUACAUUACCUACGGAUACAUGAUCGAUAACAUUGUUCUUCUCAUAACAGGAACCCUGCACCAGCGUCCUAUCGCUGAAUUGGUCGGAAAAUGUCAUCCUCUUGGUAGCUUUGAACAGAUGGAAGCUAUUCAUAUUGCUUCAACUCCUGCUGAACUGUACAACGCUGUACUAGUUGAUACUCCCCUGGCUCCUUUCUUCCAAUCCUGCAUCAACGAACAGGAUCUGGAUAAUAUGAAUAUAUAUCUUUGGGUAGACCAAUUACUUCAGGUUCGGCAGGUUGCUGAGUACUACAGCGAGUAUAAACAAUGUUUUGAAGGAGCUGGAACCAACCCGGGAGAAAAAACAUUGGAAGAUAAAUUCUUCGAAUAUGAGGUGAAACUGAACGUGUACGCCUUCAUGCAGCAGUUUCACUACGGUGUGUUCUACUCCUUCUUGAAGCUGAAGGAGCAGGAGUGCAGGAACGUUGUGUGGAUCUCAGAGUGUGUUUCUCAGAGGCACAGGGCUAAAAUUGACAACUAUAUCCCAAUCUUCUAAAUAUCAAGAUCUGA